UCUUCUCUAGAAAAAUCUGAGAAAGAAAAGUAAUCCCUGUCUUAGGUAAUUUCUUUAAUAACAAUCUGAAUCACUGCUGUGGAUCCACGAGCUUGGUGCCUAUAUACAUGGAAUGCUCAUUCCAUCCCAUGCAUCUCUAAUUCCUCCCGCUUACUCAAUCUCUAUUCUCUCUAUUCCUCCGAUUCUCUCUUGUCUCCCAUGGCCGUUGCCACAAAACCCCAUGUCGCCGUCCUUCCAAGCCCCGGUAUGGGCCACCUCAUCCCUCUUCUCGAAUUCGCCAAACGCCUCGCCACCCACCACGCCGUCCACGUCAGCUUUCUGGUCGUCACCACCGAAUCAUCCCCCGCACAACGCCGCUACCUCGACUCCGCCGCCCUUCCUUCCGAUCUCCACGUCAUCAAGCUCCCGCCUGCUGACGUGUCUUCCGUCAUCACCCCCGACAUGCCUAUCCUCACCAAACUCUCCCUCCUCUGUCGAGAAUCGGUUAAACCGCUUGGCUCGAUAUUCGAGAAAAUCAGCCUGCCGAAAGCCCUGAUCAUCGAUAAUUUCAUGGGCGAUGCAUUCGAUAUUUGUAAGAAUUUUAAUGUUCCCGUGUAUACUUUCUAUACUUCCGCUACUAAAUCCCUGGCAUUGGCUUUAUAUCUCCGAAAGCUCGACAAGGAAGUGGACUGCGAGUUCGUGGAUGUUGCCGAAGGUUCGAUUCGAGUCCCCGGUUGUAAAUCUAUCUACGUUGAUGAUUUGCAGGAUUCACUCAAGAACCGAAAGGCCGAAGCUUACAAAUGGAACAUGCUUCAUGCAAGUAGGUUAACUAUGGCUACUGGGAUUUUUGUCAACACAUGGGAUGACUUUGAGUCCAAGUCCAGUUGGUUUCAUGGCCUAAACAAUGAUCCUUAUUUCCGGAACCUGCCUGCUCCACCGUUAUAUCGGGUGGGGCCGCUGAUCAAGCACGACGAAGCGGUGGCUGAAUCGGACGCUUUUAUAUUGUCGUGGUUGGAUAAUCAAGAAUGUGAUUCUGUGCUUUUUGUGGCGCUUGGGAGUGGUGGUACGAUGACGAGUGAGCAAUUAUCUGAAUUGGCCUUAGGCUUGGAGAUGAGCAAGCAGAAGUUCGUUUUCGUGGUGCGGAAGCCCAGUGACAUUGAUGUUUGUGGUACUUAUUUUAAUGCCGGGAGCAAUGUUGAUGAUCCGAAGACGUAUUUACCAGAAGGGUUUCUAGAUAGGACUAAAGGAGUUGGCUUAGUGGUGCCAACAUGGGCUCCGCAGGUGCAUGUGCUAGGCCAUAAGGCGACUGGGGGAUUCUUGUCUCACUGUGGAUGGAACUCGACGUUGGAGAGCAUGGCGUAUGGAGUGCCGAUAAUUGCCUGGCCUUUGUUUGCGGAGCAGAGGAUAAAUGCAACGUUGUUGACGGAGGAGGUGGGGGUGGCGGUGAAGCCGGAGGGGGUGUUGCAGGGAGGAAGGAGAGUGGUGAGGAGGGAGGAAGUGGAGAGAGUUGUGAGAUUGGUGAUGGAAGGUGAAGAAGGGAAGGUCAUGAGGAAUCGGAUGGGAGAGCUGAAAGAGAGUGCGGCCAAGGCACUAAAACAUGGGGGAUCAUCUUAUGACUCCCUUUCUUGUGUUGUGAAAUCGUGGAAGUAAUAUGACUAGAGGCUGAACAAAUGUUGUCUAUUUCUUAGAGUUGAGUUGAAAAUUGUGGGAUUGGAAGGAUUGUAUGGCAGUAGAAUAGCAUCUUAAUAUGGAUGGAGUAUGAACCGAAUUGUCCAUUUAAGAAAUGGGCCUCGUGUAAUUUUUAUCUGUUGGACUGAAUAGAUUUGUAAACAAAUAUUUUACUGUCUAGAAUGAAUUUGAAAAGACUGAAAUGAAAAUUUCGAA